UCUGGCUUUUCUCCAACUGUAGUACCAUGCUGAUAUCCUCGAUCCUGCCAAUUUCUGUGUCCAGUCCUUUUCUCUCGUUUUCCCUCUGUGUAUACGUACCAUUCACCCCCCACCUACCCGCCCGCCUCUUCUCUCUCUCUCUCUCUCUCUCUCUCUCUCUCUCUCUCUCUCUCUUCUGUGUAGGUGUGUGUGCAUGUGCGCUUUGUAGCAGGAAGUGCAUGUAUCAUCAUGCGAAUUGCAUCCUUCAUCUCCCACCUUAGUCCCGCUAGGCUUUAGCGCGCCUCUCUCCGGCCUCAUCUCCCGUUUCACCUCCCGCCGCGUCUCCCCUUCCUUGCGUACUCUGUCUGUUUCUCUCUUUGUCCGUGCCUGUGUCCGUCUUUCUGUCUAUGUUCACCCGUCUGCCCAUCUUGUGUGUGUGUGCAUUUGUGUGUGUGUGUGCGCGCGCGUGUGUGUGGGGGGGCGGGGGGGUGCCGUUGUGUCCCCGUGUGUUUGUUUGUUUCUGCGGCUCUGUCCAUCCUUCCACCCUGGAGUGUGUGUGAGUUCUGCGCGGGGAGUUGACAGGUGUUGCUACGGUCUCCAUUCCAUCUUUUUUCUGCCCGUCUCUUUCUCCCCCUCGCUUCCUCUUCCUCCCCCUUGCGCGACGUUCUCUCCUCUCUCCUCCCUUCUGUCUCCCCGGAAAUGGAUAGUAAGCAGCAGUUCGGAUCCUUGGGAGGAAGAGGGGGAGGCGUAGGAGGCGGAGGUGUAGGUGUGGGGGGGGAUGUAGAAUCGGAACCUUCUUUCUCCCUCUCCUCUUCGUCAUCCUCCUCCCCCUCCCCUUCUGUAUCAUCGUUCGCGUUGCCAGCUGUCACUCCGAACGUCCCCCCGCUCCCGCAACACGCGCGCUCCGCCUCCUUCUCGUUCGCCACACCCGCUUCCUCCCCCUUGUACGGAUCCGGAUUGAUCAGGUCGGGAUCUCAACCUAGCGACUUGUCGUUGAAGAAUUCGAUGGCUUUGGCGUCUGGAGGCGUUCACCCUCUGCAGGAGCGCAUUCCAUCCUUCCGCAGUACCGUGGGGGGUCCAGGCGCCGCCACGCGCACAAUCUCCCCCCCGAUUGCGCGCCCCAGCUCUUCGCCUCCUCAGCCUCCUUCGUUGUCAUCUUCCUACUCGUUUGCCGACCCUCUGCGAGGCAGCGGCAGCAAGAGCUUUUCCGCCGGGCAUCUGGAGUAUGCCGCCGCCGCGGAAGGACGGGCAAGCGCGGCGACGGCAUCCGCUGGACCCCCCCCUCCGUCUUUUGCCAGGAGCGGACCGCCUCCUUUCCGCCGGAUGUCAAGUCAAGAUGUGGCACCCACCUUGGACGGCCUCCGACAGCUCGCGCGCCAAGGCUCUUGGCGGGGAAUUGUCGAAAAGGUCAAGGAGGCCCACAAGUUCCUAAUGUUCCAUCCACCUGAUGAGGCUCUCGCAUUUAGCGCGUACCACGUGCUGGCGCUCAUGAAGUUGAGGAUGUUUGGUGCGGCGGCUGACGAGUUGCGGAGCCUGGGCGAUUUGGAUGACCCCAAGUAUCGGUACGAGUCGUAUCCAGAGAUAUACCAUGGGAAGAGAGGCUCAUUGGUUCCUUUUUCGCUGAGGUGGCUGUAUGCGGAGCUGCCACAUAGGCUGAGCAAUACACAGGGGACAAUUGAUCGGCUGUAUGACUUACUUGCGAGGUGUAAUGCGCAGAUUGACGUGCUGCAGCUCAAGAAGGACAGCCCCUGGGUGCGGCGGAUGAACGGUGUGAUAGCUGGGUUGUCAGAUGCGGCCGCUCCGCAACCAACAGCGGGGAUGGAGUAUCCAAGAGGUCUACCUUCUCGUCUCAUCCAAGCUACUUCCACGCCUCAAGGGGGAAUGCAUGUGCGGUCUCGAUCGUCCCCCCCGGUCUUUGCAAAGUUUUCGAUGACAGAUGCCGCUUUUCCGGCGAAUGAAAGAGGGCCGUCCCCGCUCUCGAACGACUCCUCUGCUUCUGCGGUGCCCACUGGCUCACUUCGAAGAGACCGGAAAUCUAGCCGUUCGAUGACUCCUCCGAAGGUCCCACCACCUCCCUCAACUGCAUCCCCGUUACGUCAUGAGAGCGGCCAUUUGGGAGAGCUGAAGGGUGGCAGUCUAGGCCAGCCAGGCGCCUCCCGAUCAGCCGACAACACAGAUAGUUCUGCCACUCAAACGUCAGGAACGCCGUCGUCUGCCGCGUCAGAAUUACUUCGAGUCAACUCGACACAGGAUGAAAAAGGGGCUCUGAGAGAGAAGGGAGAAGCGACUGACGGUGGGCAAAUGGCUUCUGCAACAAAUGCAGCGAGCUCGCAUCAGAGGUCGUCGUCGGGUGGGAGCAAUGGCUUCGGCGAAUUCGUCUCCGCCUCGUUGGAUUCCUCCGAGAGUAAUGGUGAUGCUGCCAACGGUCCGCAACACGAGGAGUCGAGUGAUCUCAGAGGGAGGACGACAGUCAAAGGCGGCGAAGCUGCUGGACAGACGGAUUUGGAUUCGGUUUCUGGAAGAUGGGGCACAGAAGGGUCUUCGGUGCUGUUGGCGGGAGAGGAAGGCGGCAGAGAAGAGGAAAAUGGAGAACGAUCUGCCUCUCCCCUUCCAAAUAUGUUGAGAAAAGAGUUGAGCUUGGAUGAUGGGAUCGGUCCGGAAAUUUCGAGGGCUGUGCAAGAUGCAGGCUUGAGCUCUGAGAAUGGAGCUAAGAGUUGCGGUCAGGGUUGGGCCGGUGGGGAUGCCUGUGAAGACCGGGAGACAGGAUCACUGGCUGAUGACAGUAACGAAGGAUCGAACCGUCGAUUUCUUGAUCAGUGGAUGAAAAGGCAGGAGAUUGUUCUCUUCUCCAUUAUCAAUCACCACCUGGCACAGAAGGACUUCCUUGUUGCAUUGAAGUGGCUCAAGCGGAUGCUCCGGGCGAGGCCGCGAGAGCCCGUGAUGUUAUCAAAGUAUGGGUAUGUUCGGCUACAGAUGGGCGAUGUUGAAGGGGCGCGGAUUGUGUUCGCACGCGUGGAGCAGCUGCUCGCAGAAAUUGCGGUCGAAAACGGUGGCGGGGCUGCAGCAUCUUGCAGUGGAGAAGACGAAGGGGAGCAGGAAGGACUUCAAGGUACGGAUGUGCGGAACGGCAGACCUGAGAACCACGAAGAGGCAAACGGGAGUCCUCUGGGUGAUCUUGCUGCCACUCUGCCGCCUGCUCUCCAAGCACUCCUUUGCCGAAACAGAGGCUUAUUAAUGUUUGCUACGAAGCAAUAUGGCGCUGCAAUGCGGGAAUUCGAUGCAGUGUUAGCGAUCGACAGUGCGGAUGUCGUUUCUGUUGUCAACAAAGCAAUCUGUUUGAUGUAUUCGAGGGAUUUGAUGGGUGCAGUCAGGGUGCUCGAGGAGUCGCUGCAAGGGAACCCCGUUGGAAUGCUUAAUGAGACGCUGGUGCUGAACCUUUGCAGCAUUUACAAUCUUGCGUCAGCGAAAGAUGCUGACACGAAGAGAAUGUUGAGCGCGUGGAUCAUGCGCUGUGCUCCUGAUGAUUUUGAUUUGAUGUGUACUCAGAUCUGAAAAGAGAGAGCUGAUGCGGUGUCCACUGUCUAUUCUUUUGCUGCGGCAUCCGGCCGCCACACCCGUGAUGCGAAGAUUCUAUACGUAGCUGUAUCACCAGAGGUUUGUGCGAAGAGGAGAAGCGUGAGGAGGAGGUGAAGUAGAAGUCUCCAGAUAAAAAAAGAAUAAGACAGAAUGACCCAGACACCUAUAGGCGUGUUUGUGGUUGAGAGUUCGGACCUGGUUGGGGGGAGAUUCCGAACCAGGCAUGAUCCGCGAGAUCGCGAGGAUGAAAUGGGAGRGGGGGGGGGGGGRGGGRGAUCAGGCUCCGGCAAGGUACAGAGAUGGAGAGAAAUUGCAAGGGAGGUGGAGUGGGGAGGGACAGGAACUCCAUUCAUGCCUUCGUCGAAGAAGUUUUCAACAGGUCCACUGUUGGUUGACCUUAUUUUGGUCUGGCCUACACUGCAUUCUGACCUAGAGUGGGAUGCACUGGCUUUUGCGCCAGAUAGGAGGAUGGUGAUGGUGGUGGUGCUGUUUAUGUUUUAGUCUAGUCAAUUAGAGAAUCGUCACAUUCUGAAAUAUUGCCGAGGUGGUAGUUCAUGUUUAACCCCCUCAAGCCCCUCUCCACCUUGUCGCUCUCUUCUCGGACAUCAUUCAUAUAGCCUGCUGUGCCCGCAGCUGGCUUUCGUC